UCUUGUUCUCUUUGGGAUUAACAAGACAUAGAACCUGCUCUCCUUGUUUUGGCUCAGCCUGCAACUGACAGUCUGCCUGGCUUCAAGUCACCCAAGGGAGGUGAGGAGGAAGAAGUGCAACUGGGUGGUGCUUUAGAACCUGGAUGAUCCAAGUCUGGUCUACAUUCAAUGGCUGAGCACAGAUUUCUGAAAUGUGACACAAGUACAUGUAUAUCAGGUACUGCUGUGAUAAUCAGGACACACAGACACUGUCUUGUUGGAUGAACAAGCACCUCUGGAAGAAUCAGCUGAGUGAGAUGGUGCAGCCCAGUGGUGGCCCAGCAGAGGACCAGGACAUGCUGGGUGAAGAAUCUUCUCUGGGGAAGCCUGCAAUGCUACAUCUGCCUUCAGAGCAGGGUACUCCUGAGACCCUCCAGCGCUGUCUGGAAGAGAAUCAAGAGCUCCGAGACGCUAUCCGGCAGAGCAAUCAGAUGCUGAGGGAACGCUGUGAGGAGCUGCUGCAUUUCCAGGUCAGCCAGCGGGAGGAGAAGGAGUUCCUUAUGUGCAAAUUCCAGGAAGCCAGGAAGCUGGUGGAGAGACUGAGCUUGGAGAAGCUUGAUCUUCGGAGUCAGAGGGAACAGGCCUUAAAGGAUUUGGAGCAACUGAAGAAAUGCCAACAGGUACAGAUGGCUGAGGACAAGGCCUCUGUGAAAGCUCAGGUGACAUCAUUGCUCGGAGAACUCCAGGAGAGCCAGAGUCGUUUGGAGGCUGCCACCAAGGAACGGCAAACUUUAGAUGGAAGGAUUCGAGCAAUUAGUGAGCAGGUCAGACAGUUGGAGAGUGAGCGGGAGGUGCUACAGCAGCAGCACAGUGUCCAGGUGGACCAGCUGCGCAUGCAGAACCAGAGUGUGGAGGCUGCCUUGCGAAUGGAGCGACAGGCUGCUUCAGAGGAGAAGCGGAAGCUGGCUCAGUUGCAGGCAGCCUAUCACCAGCUCUUCCAAGACUACGACAGCCACAUUAAGAGCAGCAAGGGCAUGCAGCUGGAAGAUCUGAGGCAACAGCUCCAGCAAGCUGAGGAGGCCCUGGUAGCCAAACAGGAAUUGAUUGAUAAGCUGAAAGAGGAGGCUGAGCAACACAAGAUUGUGAUGGAGACUGUGCCAGUCUUGAAGGCCCAGGCGGAUAUCUACAAGGCUGACUUCCAAGCUGAGAGGCGUGCCCGGGAGAAGCUGGUGGAGAAGAAGGAGUAUUUGCAGGAGCAGCUGGAGCAGCUGCAGCGCGAUUUCAACAAGCUGAAAGUUGGCUGCCAUGAGUCAGCCAGGAUUGAGGAUAUGAGGAAGCGGCAUGUAGAGACUUCCCAGCCUCCUUUACUCCCUGCUCCAGCUCACCACUCCUUUCAUUUGGCCUUGUCCAACCAGCGGAGGAGCCCCCCUGAAGAACCUCCUGACUUCUGUUGUCCCAAGUGCCAGUAUCAGGCUCCUGAUAUGGACACUCUACAGAUACAUGUCAUGGAGUGCAUAGAGUAGGAGCAGCAGAUGCAAGGCCACCUGCAGUCCUAUGUCCUAAUCUGUGUGACUUGUGCUUUCCUGUUUCACCUGCAUAGUCCACAGUUAAGGGCUUGCUUUAGCCCUUUGGUCCCCCAUUAGGGUAGACAGCCCCAUUCAGGGCUUUUUUUCUGUGUGCCUGAUCCACUUUGCCUCUGGUGGCUUCUUCCCUCUUCUCCCAUAUUCCUAGGGAGUCUAGAAUGGAGGCCAGGGGCUCUCAGGGAGCAUCCCUUCUCCAAGCAGGUCUGGGUGCAGCUUUUCUUCUCUCCAACUGGUGCCUUUCUUGCCGGUGAACUGCAGGCUCUCCUCCAAGGCAUGUGGCACUUGGGUCUAUAACAUGUGUUACCUCUGGUAGACAUGUGGAAAGUAUUCUGUCCUUUUGUUACUGUAAUUAAUGGCGUAGUGAAAGUACUUGUACACUGAUCUGUGUGCACCUUUAGGACAGAUGCUUAGAUGUGACAUUGGAUCCUUGCCCUGGAGGAGGUGGGCAGACCUUUGGAUUUUUGCCAUCUCUAAGAUAUACUGUUCUUUACUAAAGAAUUUGCUUAAGUGUCUUUUUCUGGGGCAUGUGGGCCCUUUUUAAUUCCUCUGAUGUAACUUGGAUUUUCAUAAUUCCUACCCAUUUUUCUGUUGGGACAUUGCCAUUUGUUCUUGGGCUUUGGAGAGCAUUUUGAUUAUCAGUCAGGUUGGUUUUGACUAUCACAGAAAGUGCACCCCUUGUUCCACGUUGACUGUGUUACUGUUUUGGGGCCUAGAAGCUGUUUUAUACUCCUACUUACCCAUUCUUUACUCCUAGUUUUUUGGCUUUGGAAUUAUGACUGCUUUGUCAACAGAAAGGUAUUUCACAUAUAUGCUUUUCUUUUUCUAGCCCCAGUGUGCUCUUGUUUUUGCCAAGCACAUUGUUACCUUCUGUGAAUGGUGGUGGCCAUAGUUCAUCAUACUCACAUGUUCUUCACCAGCCAAAAUGUCCUAGGGAACCAUUUAGCAGUGACUGAAUGAUCACAGAAAAGGGAACACUUCACUUGUUUUGCAAGGUUCUAGACAUUUUGUGGGACCUUACCGCCAUUGGUAUUAGACUUGCAGUUCUAGUAAAGGAAAGGAAGUUGUAGUUGAGAAAGCAAUAAAUAUGCCUUGCUCAUUCCUUAGGUCUGAAAUCCUUCCUGCCCUCCUGUAAGCUUUCAUGGUUCUGAGUGGUAUCUGUGAAUCCAUCCUGGGGGCUUUUAUUCACAUGGUUUCUUUCCCAUUAAGAGUGAGAAGGCUAAGUAGAAUUCAGAUUAUAAAAAAGGAUUUAAAAAGUAAUCCUGAGCUGGGGGCUUCCUUGGAAUUUUCAGGGGAUGCGGAGUACGUUUUCCAUUUCCUAAUUCCCAGGUAUCUAUCAGAAAGAUCUUUGGGAAAAUGUUAAAGGAACAAACAAGUUCUUUUCAUUUAAAUACCUAAUCUAUAAUUUUCCUUUAGGAAUACUAUUGGUUUAGCUUGAGUCCAGUUUUGUGGUAUAUAUGACUUUCCUAUAGCUGCUUUAAAAAUUUUCCUAAACUUGGAAGAGCAAGAAUAACAACAAAACAACAACAACAAAUCACUCUUUCCUGUUUGGAAGCCAUAUGUUAAGUUUUUUCUGGAGGCUCUGAGAAUCAAUUCCAGGCAUUCUCUUAACUUUCAGUGGUUUGUGGCAGUCCUUGGUGUUGCUUGGCUUGUAGACCCAUCACUCCAGUCUCUGGUUCUAGGGCCUUGUGGUUUCUUCCUCUCUUCUGUCUCAUAAGGAAACCAUGUUGUGCAUGUGGGGUCUGUUUGGUUAGAUUAAGGAGGAUCUCCAGUUCAAGACCCUUAACUCAUUCUACCUACCAAGAUCCUUUCCCCAAAUAGUCAUGUUCUCACAUUCUGAGGGUUUGGGUUUACAUAACACAGAGUAUGGACAUCAUCGGAACCUGAGUAAAUGCAGCUCAAAGGCAGGGACUUUAAAGCCUUGUAAUUCUGCUAGAGAGACCUGGUCUCUAGGGUGAUGAGCAGUAGUCUUUAGAGUUUGGAGGCAGUCAGAGCCUUGUCAGUGCUUGAUGCUGUUAGUAGGGUCAGUGGGAAUGAUUGGGAAAGGCAGGUUACCUGUAGUAGGAGAGCUGUUGGGCUGCCUGCAGUGGCUGCAUGAGCUUCAUGCUUCUUGGAUAAACAGAGAUGCAUAGGUGCAUUUCUGACCAGUACUUUAUCCUGAAAGGGUCUCAGAAAGCAGGUGUGACCCAGUUAUACAGUAGGAUCAUCUGGAAGCUUGAAAACAUGGGCUUCAUGGACUGGUCAAGACAAAUCUGAAGGUGGCACCAGGUAAUGGUUGGGACCUAGUACCCUUCUAAAAGGUGGGAGCCCUUGCCACCAACUUACCCUGCAGUAUGGUGUAUGAUUAACCAUACAUCAAAGAUUUGAGAUUCUACCAUCUUUUUGACAUGAGACAUGCUGUUUUCUUUUCCAGAAUUACUUAAGCUAGAACUGGAAAAAGUGGUUGUUCCAUUCCCCUCAGGAAUUAGUCUACUUGCUUUUGCACAAAUUUUAUGUUGUCUCUGGCAGACAACUUUUAGAUCCAUAGAGCUAGAAGCAUGCCCUUUCCAGAAGACCUGUUACUGCUUCUUAUGUAUGCUCUCUUCCUGUUGGCCCAUGCCCAAGAGAAAACCAGAGAGCCAGUAAGACAGUCCAGAGUACUUCACCUACUGAAGUAAUAAACGAUAAGGCAAAUUGUAAGUAGGAAUGAAUGAUAUCUAAAUAGGAACAAUUGCAGCCCUGUGUGUGACACCCUCAGGCAAGGUGAGGCCUACCUUUUAGUGUUUCCCCUUUCAAGGUGGGAGUCUGGAGAGAUGAACAAGCACUUUGGAAGCAUCCUCAGCCCUCUUUACCUGACAACAGCUUGGUCCUCACAGUGACUGCUUCAUUGGAGUGCCUCUCCAGUGUCACGGCACUAUCAUCUGUCACCACCAAAGGCUGUGAUGAAAUAAGAUGCAACAUAUCCGAUGACACAGGCCUGCAUGGCUAGCAUCUUGAACAUUUUAUUACAUGAACAUUCUCUGUAGGAUGGUAUAAAAAGGCCCGAGGAUUAAAUUAUGUAUAAAAUGUGAAAUAAAGAAGUAAGACCUUCAAGCAUGCACUCUGUCCUCCCUUGUUGGAUGUAGGGGUAACAAAGGUUUUCUUUGCUAUUUCUAUCUCUUUAAUCCCCCUGCAUUACAUAGGAAGUAGCUGUUACACACAGCUCUGAGGUUUCUUCUGCCUAUGGCUGAGGAAAGCUCAUUAUUGACACAAGAGAUUGGUGAAAGGGGCCAAGUUAACUAAUUUGGGGCUUGAAUUUCCUGUGGUUGCAGCAACAAAGUACCACAUGUUAGGGAGCUUAGGCAACAGAGAUUUCCUCUCCCUGUUCAGGAUGGCAGUAAUCUGAGAAGUGGGUUCCUCAUAAGGGAUAACCCAUUCCAGUGCCCCUCUCCAGUGUGUGGCAGGUCCCAGAAAUUCUUAGUUUUCUCUAGUUGUACCUGCAUCUCUGCCUCUGCCACUUUUGUCACAUGACCAUCUUGUGUUUCCUUUUUAUAAGUACACCAGUGUUGUAUACAGGUGGGUAUUUGGAAACAUGGAAGCAUUUUGUUCAGUAUCUAGUGACAGUGAUGGAAAGAGCUGAUUUGCAGAGAAGGUCAGAGCAGCAUGAGGGUCUUAAGUAUGGAGCUGCAGUCAACAUUAUGGAUAUGGAAGAGCGAGGGAUUGCUGGGCUUUUGGUUUCAUGCCUGGGUACCUGGACAAUCUAUCUACCAUUGGGAGGACUAGGUACAGUGGAAGUUAGAGUUGUGAGAGAAGCUGUUCGAUGUUCAAUUCUGAUCUAUCCAGGCUCAGUGUGAAAUGUCCUGGGUCCCUUCAUCUUGCCUUGACUGUUAGGUGCAGUUUCGUAUUGAAAUUGCAGGCUCUUUUUUAUCCAUUGCUUACUGGCAACCAGUGUGAUCUGGUAAAUCUUGUUUCCACUUUGCUUAGUGCUCUCCACUGAUUUUCUGUUGCUUGAGACCUAAACUCCAUCUUCAGCCUUGUGUUGAUCUAAUGUCAUGUCAACUUCUCUAAAAGCUCGGCCAAUUCUCCACUGGCCUUCUAUUCCUUUCCUCAGACCCACUUAGCACUUCUGUUUCUUGUCUCCUUUGCUGAGAAAGUUAUGUUCCCUAAUUUGUACAGUUGACUUCUUUUUGUCAUCCAUAUAAGUGUAAACAAAAGUUCUUUCAUCUGAUCUCUUCAUCCUAAAUCAUAUUACCCUGUUUUAACUCACAUUAAUACCACUGACCUUUUCUAGUGUUUUUUUCCUUUCUACCACUAGAGGGAGACAGAAGCCGUAUCGAUUUAAUUUAGUCGUAUACUCAACACAGGGAAACUCUGCAUUUACUGAUGGCUGAGCUUGUCUGAGACAAUAUCAGGAUUCCCCUGCCAAUAUUUUCAUGGACGUCACUUGUCACCAUAAUUGGUGAAUUAUAGAAGUUAUUAAUGUACCAGAAAUUAUAGUACAGAAAUCUUAUUUUAGGACUAUAGUACCAAUAGCCUUUUUUUGUGGUGCUGGGGAUAGAACCCAGGGUCUUACACAUGUAAGCAUUCACACCAUCACUGAGCUACAAUUCCUGGUUAUCAGCUUCUCACUUUAUUUACCUGCCCCUGACUUUGACAGCCCUGUCUAGUUUGGAACUUAUUAUGUAAUCCAAGAUGGCCUUGAAUUUACAGCCAUCCUCAGCCUCUCCAGUGCUAGGAUUAUAAAUAUAUCUGACUAGCUUAUUUUUUUUCAUUUUGUUCAGGUUUUUAAUGAGUGUCUUGGUUUCAGAUAUGAAAAACAGAAUUUGGAAGAAAGCCAGUUGGGCCAGUCUGUGGUAGAGCAUGCACUCAAAGUUGAAGCAAGAUGUUAAUGAGUUCCAGGCUGGCUUAGGCUUCAUAGCAAGAUCCUGUCUCAUAAAACAGAAAGUUAACUGGUGAUUCCCUGGAGGUGAGAGGGGUGAGGAGAGAGUGAUAGUUAAUGAAUACAAAGUUCUUUGAGGGGCAAUGAGAAUAUUCUGAAAUUGGCUAUGGCGAUACUCAUACAUUUGUGAAUGUGCAAGGAACACUUCAGAUGAAUGACUUUUGUUGUAUAUGGAUUAGGUUGCAAUAAAACUGGCAUUUAAAAUGUUA